ACAAAAUAAUAAUAACAACAACAACAUAAAGCAGCAAACGAACAAAUCCUCUGCUAACACAAUGGCACAGGCAACAGCAGCAGCAGCAGCUAAGACUGUAGCCAUACGAACAAUUUGGACUUGCUACAUUUGUUUGUUGCUUUUCCUGAUGGCGUCAGCAUAUGCCAACGUCGACGACGACGUCGUCGUCGCAGCCAAGCAAAAGCUGGCAGCAGCAGCAGCAGCAGCAGGUGAGACUUCUCUGGGCAAUAAUGGCAAAACGACUGCGACUCCGAUAUGUUCUCGCAUGCUGCGACAUGUCUUUGAGAAUGCCCUGCCCAGAGAUGAGCAGAAAGCAGGAAUCUUUGAGGAAUACAAAUCCCCACCAUCGGAGGCCACAACGGCGGCCCAGGGUGGGGACCGUGAUCUUGGAGAGGAGACUUAUCUAUGGAAUUGCCUGCAGGCCUGUUGUGAAAAGAAUCACACUGCCAAUGCUUGCAAUGUGGUGUUGGUUUUCAAGGCCAAAUGCUUUCACAUCCAUUGUGUUAGCAAUGAGGCAUGUUUACCCAAGAAAUCCCAACGAACCAUCGGUGGUGGUGGCGGUGGAGUAGGCGGUGCCGGUGGUAAUGGAGGUGGUGGUGGCGUACCGGGAGUCGAAGAGCUUGAAAAGGUUCAAAUGGUUUUGGUCAAUCCAAAGGAUACAGAUGAAUCUUGGUCACAAAUACUCAAAAAGGCCAAACACAAUGAGAAAACUGAGAUUUUGACCUACGAUGAGGAGGUCUUGAAUUUUUGGAAGAAACCAAGACAAAGACUGCCAUAUUUGACACGCACUCAGCCAGAUUCGCCUUCAUAUGAGGAUGAAGUGGAUUUCCCACCAAUGGCCGAGAAACGUAUGAUGAAUGCCGCCGCUGCCGCCAAUGUGCAGGACAAUGAGAAUGAUGUCCUGAUCAAUGAGGACUUAAACUAUUUCGGUGGACCAGAGGGAAAAUUUAUGACAUGUGACUUGGAGACACCGUGUCCACCGCAAGAGGAAUGUGUACCCAUACAGCCGAAUGCAGCGACAGGUUUAUGCACUUGCCUCACCGGCUAUCGAAGGAAUAAACAACGUAAAUGCAUAUUGGGAGCAAUACCAUAUCGUUCCUAUUUAACAGCAGCCGCCGGCAGCAGCAGCAGUAAUGAACAGGAACAGCAACCGAUGUUGCCAUCAGAUGUGGGAACUGAAAUGUCCCCAGAUAUGGUUGUGCCCAAGGAGAAAGAGAAAGACAAAGAUAAGGAUAUUGUGGUAUCGGUGAUGUCCAAAGAAGUCCGUUUGCCCGAACAGGAGGUUACUCUGGCGGCAUUCACAGUGCCCGAUGAGCAGACAAGCGAUACGAAAUACAAAUAUCUAUGGACUCUAAUAUCACAGCCAAAGGGUCCAAUGAAUGGCACAAUUUCUGAUCAAAGUAAAUCGAAAGUAAAGCUAUCAAAUCUCUCCGAGGGUCUCUACACAUUCAAGGUGACUGUUACCAGUGAGGAUAAUCUAUCAUUUGGCGAAGCGGAGGCAAAUGUCACUGUAUUGCCCGAGAAGCGUAUUAAUCAGGCACCGCAAGUGAUUAUAAUACCACGAGUGCAAAUCAUACGGAAACCCACAACAAAUGCCAUACUCGACGGAAGUACAAGUACGGAUGAUGACAAGAUUAUCAACUGGCAUUGGGAGGUAAUAUCCGGACCCAUUGGCUAUCAACCCCAAUUGCCGGAGGUAAACACAUUGCAAUUGGAUCUGACAUCGCCGGGAAACUAUACCUUCAAGUUGACUGUAACCGAUUCCAAUAAUGUCACGAAUUCCACCACAGCCUUUAUAGCUCUGCUCAAAGAGACGGAUUAUGCUCCGGUGGCAAAUGCCGGUGAUGCUGUCAUUCUCUAUUUACCCAAUAAUAAUGUCACUCUCAAUGGCACGGCCAGUUCGGAUGAUCAUGAAAUUGUUGCCUGGGAAUGGACUAAAGAUGCCAGCGAUGAGGCCAAAGCUGUUGAUAUGCAAAAUACAAGAACUCCCUAUGUACAAUUAUCGAAUCUGGAGGAGGGCAUGUAUACAUUCGUAUUGAAGGUAACCGAUGCCAGUGGCCAAUCGAGUACAGCGAAAGUUCAUGUAUUUGUUAAGCAACCAACCAAUUCACCGCCAAUAGCAAAAGCAGGUGCCAAUCAGACUACCAGUUUACCCAUCAAUUGGGCAUUACUCAAUGGUUCGGAAUCAAAAGAUGAUAUUGGCAUUAAAACCUAUCACUGGAAGCAAAUAAGUGGACCCAAGGAUGCCAUCAUACUAGAAGCGAAUACUUCAAUGGCCAAUGCGACUUCACUGACAUUGGGUCUAUAUGAAUUUGAAUUAACCGUAAUGGAUGAGAAUAAUAAUACAGCAAGCGAUUCCACUUGGGUUAAAAUAGUUCAAGAACGCAAUGCGGCACCGGUGGCCAAUGCUGGUGGAGAUCAUAGCAUUACCUUGCCCAUGACGGCUAUAUAUUUGAAUGGUUCGCAAUCGUGGGAUGAUUUGGCAGUCGUUAAAUAUCAAUGGACACGUGAGGAUAAUAGUUUGGCAGCAGGCGUCAUUGUUGGCAAUACGGAUAAUCAAGCCAUAAUGAUUCUAAGCAAUCUUGUCCAGGGACGUUAUGUCUUCAAGCUAACUGUUAGCGAUGAUCAGGGAUUAACUAGCUCGGAUACCGUAAGCAUUAAUGUUCAUCCCGAUCCGAUGUUGAUGCAUUUGGUACAAAUAACUUUACCCAUGGAUAUAACCAUACUAACCCAAUCCGAACUAGAUUCCAUAGUACAAAAAUUGCAAUUACUAUUGGGUGAUGAUAAUAAAAUUGAGAUUAGGGAACUUAAAUAUGAUCUAAAUACAGGGGCAGCUGUAUUGGUCUUCUAUGUGAUGAGAAUAUCGCCGGCCAGUGGCACCGAAUCGAAGGCGGUAAAUGGUCUACACGUAGAGAGAUUACUACGAGCUAAACUACAGAAAGAUGCCUCCAUCUUGGGUGCCCUAUUUGUGGAUAUACGUGCGACAGUCUGUCAGAAUAAUUGCUCUGGACAUGGUCAAUGUAAUCCCACAACCAGAGCCUGCAUAUGUGAGGCAUUUUGGAUGCCUUCGGCUGGUUAUUUCUUUGCCAACGAUGAGGCUAAUUGUGAUUGGUCCAUUCUAUAUGUGUUUGUCGGUGUAAUAUUCACUUGCCUGCUUUUAUCGGGUGUCUUUUGGGCCAUAGCCUGCGCUUGUAGACAAACCAAAACGAAGCCAAGGCUACGCCAGAAAGUUCAAAAAUAUGCCCUGAUAGGCAAUCAAGAUGAGGAGUCAAUCAAUUAUUCACGUACUUCGCUUACCGAAUCGGAAACCGAUUCAGAUGUUUUAUUCGAAACCCGCACAAAGUCAAAUGGCAAAAUUCCACAUCGAUCUUCAGCGCACGGUGGUCAUAGUUGUGGCGGGAAUGGAACUGGUAGUGGUUCCUCCGGCCGUGAAACUGGCCACAAAUACCAAAUUAAUAAAUUGGGGCGCAAAAUUAAGGCAUAAGUGAAAAAAAAAAUUAACUAAAAACUAAAUCCGUGUAACCUAAAUGUGUG